UUCAAUUAAGCCUGCCGCGAGGAAGGUCAAGUGCCGCUAUGCGGGCACUGCGAGCGACGGGCUAAGGGGGCGCCUGAGUUUUAAUUAAAACUCGCCCAUGGGAUUCCCAUUAUCGUGCGCGUCUCGUGUUCGGGAUUAAUUAGCUGCGUCGGGAACAAGAACGCGGCAGCUACAGAGCGACUGUAUAGAUAAAAAGGGCAGGAGUAGUCGCCGCUGUAGGUCGUAUAUAUGUUGUGCUCGUAACAUUUGUGUGCGACAGUUUUGUGCGACGCAUCAGGAGGCUUCCUCGUCGAGCGCCCGUCGUCAUGAACGAGCUUCCUCUCUGGUCGCGUUGCGGCUGGCUCGCUUGUUCUAACGCACGGAAGGCGCGUAUUAUGUGAGGAGGAAACCGCGACGCGAGAGGGAAACGAAGAUGUCCACCGUCAGUGUUGUCGCAUGGUUGCUUGGCGCCGUCGCUUUGGCUGCGAUUAAUAACGAAGUACACUGCCACAACAUGCCAUACGGCGGCAGCGGCAAGAACAGCGACACAUACAACCAGAACGCUUUGGAGGAGGCCGCACGAUCGGGGCCGUAUUUCGACAAAUCGGCCUCGAAAAACGUGACCGCCCUGCUGGGAAAGACCACGUACCUCAACUGCCGUGUCAAAAAUUUGGGGAACAAAACGAUGACGCUACAAGUAUCGUGGGUACGGCACAGAGACGUCCAUUUGCUCACAAUUGGCCGUUACACGUACACGAACGACCAGCGAUUUCGAGCAAUCCACAACGCUCAUUCGGACGACUGGACACUUCAAAUAAAGUAUCCGCAGCAUCGGGACAGCGGUAUUUACGAGUGCCAGGUUUCCACGACGCCCCACAUGAGUCAUCUAGUCCAUUUAAAUGUAAUCGAGCCAAAAACCGAGAUUUUAGGAGCGCCGGAGUUGUUCAUCAAUCGAGGUAGCACCAUCAAUCUCACGUGCGUCGUUUUGCAGAGUCCAGAACCACCCGCCUACAUUUUCUGGAAUCACAACGAUGCGAUAAUCAGCUACGACUCGAGCAGAGGCGGCGUCUCCGUGGUCACGGAGAAGGGUGACAGCACGACGAGUUUCCUCUUGGUGCAAGAAGCGAAGCCGUCGGACUCAGGACGGUACACUUGUAACCCCAGUAAUGCUCAACCGAAAUCGAUCACCGUACAUGUACUCAACGGAGAGUAUCCCGCGGCAAUGCAGCACGGCGGUCAGGCCAAACAACCGAGGCUGUACUCCCUUCUGCUCUGCCUGUGUCUGCUACUUUACUAAUUGCUCCAUUCCAUCGCGUAUUUUCGAAGGGAGAAAUCAGAAGGCACACUUUCCAGCGAAGAAAAAAAAAAAAAAAAGAGAGAGAGAGAACGAAAGAACGAGUGAAUGAGGGAGGGAGAGAGAGAGAGGUAUUUCCGUCACGAGUUGUGCGAACAUUGCCCAGGUGUCAUGGAAGCCGCAGCGAGAUACAUGCGACGAUGUGCAUCCGAUGGAGGAGACGCUUUUGACUGUGGCACCGGAACGAUGAACUCUUUCGCAACGACGCGCCGUUUGUCGAUGCAACCGAGCGACGACGACGUGUCCGGAAGGGCAG